AUGCAGCUCUUUCUCUUCAAUAGCGUACUUUUACUGGAGGCGCUUCUACCACUCUCUAUUCUGCGCUACGGCUCCACCAUCGAGUCCAUAAUUGACAGCAUCCUGAAGGAUGCACCUCAAUACUUGGCCAAACACGCCAAAAAGUUCCAUGUGGAAUCUGUUGAAAGCUUUGCUCGCUCUUGCCCUGUUUCAUUCUACGAGACCUUGGUCAAUGGAGUGGUAAUUUAUACCCUCGGGAUUUGCAUCGAUGCAUCAUAG